AUGGCACCCAGGCGAAGUGGAGGAGGUGGAAUCUUUAUUUCGUCUUCAUCUGCCUCAUGCUCAAGCAGCGCUUUUAUCGCAACAAGUUCCAAGAUCUAUCUCGGAUACUUUGCUACGUUUUUCAUCAUUGACUCUGCCCUUCUAUGGAUUGCAUCUCGCCUGCUCUUCAAGCUCCAACGUGGUAGACCGCUUUUACGUUGGCUUCUCAUCUUGUCGAUUAUCCUAACCGUUUUCGACCACGCAUGGGAUGUACUUUUCCUCGUUCUCGGCGAGUGCUCUAUUACCGGAGUCGAUCUCAGCGUAAAGUUGGCACUUGUUUCCAGCUUCUUGGAUGUUGUAGCAAUUUCUCUUCUGGUUGGGGUGGUCAUGGUCUCCCUAUGCAAACGCCUUCACCAUAUUGCCAACAUGGCUCCAAGGCUGAUUGCUAUUCUUCACGGCCUCUGGGCGGCUGGUUUCGCCUGCUUUUAUUUUAUUGCGAUGUGUCUCUAUGCGGCAAUAACCACCAAACAACUUGACUUUUCCAGCUCUUACGGGAGACGUAAGGCACUAGCGAGUUUGGUUAUGGGGUGGAAUGGUAUGAUGACCCUGGCCGGUGUUGUCUUGUUGCUUGGGAUGCUCUCAACUGCUUUCAAUUUGUCUCUCAGCAUCAUUGUUUCAUUUCUAGCAUUGAGCUCCGUGUGCUUUGGCGCAUCAUUCCUCGCUCACCAAAUCCUGGUCUAUCGCAUGUUUUGGAAGACAACAUCAGUUAUCGACGCGCGUGACGGUUACUAUGCGCUUGUGUUUCUUAACUUGUUCUUCUACAGUUCGACUUUUUUGUUUGCUCUGCUUGUCACAGUAUCACCGGCCUUUUCGGACAACGAACCUUCAAAUGAUGUCCACCAUCCUGUUCCUCAACAACUAGCCUACGCACUUCCCGUUCAACAAAACCCACCAGAUCCACAUAUCCUGCUCAUGCAGCAGAAUGCCCAGCAGCCUUACCCUCCUGUAGGCAUGACGCAGCCAUAUCAGCCAACACAGCAGCAUCCGUAUCAUCCACACCACAAUACGCCACCAGCGCCAUACUAUUAA